AACUAUAUUGAAAUUUGUUAUGUACACCUUUAUGUUAUGUUCAUAUUUUCCAAGUAAUUGAUAAGAUGAAAUUCCAUAUCGUUGAGCAGGUACUUCUUGAAGAAAACUCAUGUGUGCGCAAGGUGACGCUAAAUAGGCCUCAAAAGCUCAACAGCCUCAAUUUUGAGAUGGUUUCUCAAAUAUUUAAAGUCUUGGAAGCAUAUGAAAAUGAUUCUACCGUUAAACUAGUGAUUUUGAAGGGUAAAGGAAGAGCGUUUUGCGCUGGCGGCGACGUGAUGGGAGUUUUCCACUCUGCAUUUGGAGGACAUUGGAGCUUUGGAGCAAGAUUUUACAAGAAACAACUUGCUUUAGACUAUUUGAUUGGUACCUACAAGAAACCUUUGGUUUCACUCAUAAAUGGAAUUGUAAUGGGAGGUGGAGCUGGACUUUCAAUGCGUUCAAGGUUUCGAGUUGUCACAGAGAACACUGUAUUUGCUAUGCCAGAAGCAAGUAUAGGAUUAUUCCCAGAUGUUGGGGCAACCCAUUUCCUUUCUAAGCUGCCAGGCCAUUUUGGAGAAUACAUAGGACUAACCGGAGCUCGAAUCAAGGGUGCUGAAAUGCUCGCGUGUGGUCUAGCAACCCAUUUUGUUCCUUCAAAGAAUCUUCCUUUGUUGGAAAAUGCUCUAGAUCAGAUAUCUUCUUCAGAAGCAUCAACAAUUUCAAACCUCAUAAACAAAUUCUCAUACAAAGUGGAUGUAAAGCAAGAUUGUGCUUUCAAAAGAUUGGAGGUGAUCAACAGAUGCUUUUCAAGAGAAACAGUAGAAGAAAUAUUACAAUCACUUGAAAAAGAGGCAGCAGACGGUGAAGAGAAGUGGAUUAAGGAAGCAAUAAGAUCUAUGAGGUCAUCGUCCCCAACAAGUCUCAAGAUAACUCUUAGAUUGAUGAGAGAAGGGCCUAACCAAAAUCUUGAAGACACCCUGCGUCGUGAUUACCUAAUUUUUUGCCAUAUUCUAAUGAGAACAGUGAACAACGAUUUUUUCGAGGGUUCAAGAGCCCUACUUGACAAAGACAAAAACCCAAAGUGGGAACCCUCAAGACUAGAGUUAGUGAGUAAAGAAAGGGUGAAUCAGCAUUUUGCCAAAAUUGAAGAUAUUAAUUGGGAAAAACUUGAACUUCAUUAUGGACGCAAUACCACAAACCAAGCAAUGGCAAGGCUCUAGCUAUCGAAGCCUCUAUAAUUAAUUGCACUAGGCAUUCAGGCAAAUGAAAAGAAACAUGUGAUCUCUCUGAUAUGUUAUCUGUAAUAGUUAGUGUAAGUUUAGCCAAUAAUAAGCAACAUCAAAGGUUGCAAUAUCAAUUCAAAAACAUAAGUUUAAUCAUGUGGAACAUCCUCAAGCCUGAAAAAUAUCUUACUGUUCCUUAAAUAAUAAUUUUGAAUUUGAUGACAAUUUUAAGUUCAAAUCUCCUACAUCCAACUGACAAAGAAAAUACAUAUUAAAAAUCCAUCAUAUCAUUCAUCAAAGCCGAAGUGAUUACAAAUUUUGAGGUUGUGUUCAAUUAAGUAUUUAUAUAGACGAAGUGGUUGUAUUAUUUAUAGAAACGUUCAAUUAGAUUCAAACAGAAUAAUGUUAUGUGCCAUAAAAUGUAAGUUCUACCAAAAACUCACUGAAACUUUUUGAAUUAAUGGAUAAAGAAAGAUCAUCAUUUUAAUUUCCAUUAACGCUUGCAACAAAAAUCAAUCUUAAAAUAGAAAUACAUGUGCAUAACUAAGCCCCCUGGUUUCGAUAAAAACUUAUGGAAGUUCUGGCACAAGUAGGGGUAUAUAUGUUGUUCCAGUCCAUUAUUGUUGGAGAGUCAUUUGUACCAUAGCCCAAAAUCCUAAAAGGCAGGUAAGUGAUUUGAAAACCUGUUUUUUCUUCCGUACAAGCACGGCCGGUUCUGUCAUGACCAACAAUGAGAAAAGACACCCCAAAUGGUCGUGACUGCACAAAAAUAUGACAUAAAUAUCACGAAUGAUAAUCUUAAUGAUAAAUCCUUAUAUUUGAAAUUGCUUCAAUUAAGGAAUUAAAUAAUAAAAAAUUCACAACUAGAAAACAAAGGAAAUAUCACUAUAAGGGCUCUUCUUCAUCUGUCUGAAAAUAAAUUGUGUACCACCGCAGCAUAUGCUUUUAUUAAGUAAAUUGAUUAUUGUCUGAACCAGCAACUCGACCAUUCUGCUUUUUGCACCAAGUUACUAACAGAAAGACUGCAAACCUUCCCGUGAAUAAAAUGACUGUUAACUAAAUUUUGAUGCACUCAUUGAAUCAAUGGUUUUUCCCUUAAUUGAGCUUAUGAAAAUAUGAUGCACUGAUUAAAUUGGUAUAUAAUGGAAUCAACUUGGACACACAAUGAAUAUAACACAAACAUGGUACAAUGACAAACGUAGAAAAUGUGCUUUAUUUUAACAUUAAAUUUUUCAUAAAUACAUCCUGAUAUAAAAUGAGAAAUCAUUGAAGCAAGCAAAGUACCAGAUAUAUCAAGGUUAAACAAUAGAAAGCCACGCAAAAUAUAUAUAUAUAUAUAUAUAUAUACAUACAGAACAUUA